GGGAAACAACAGGCCUUAAAGUGAAAAGCCUCGCCUGGAAAUGCAGUGAAUAAUAAAGAUAAAGAAAAAACGAUAUGUCAUAAACUCAGUGACGCGCUGUGGCUCUGCCUUGGCGCUUUAAAAAACAAAAAAAAAAAAGACAAUCUGUGGCGUUUAAUUGCAUUAAUUCGAUCGUGUAAUGACACCGCCUUCAGCUUCAAAUGUGCUCCGCAGAGCGCACUCCCUCCUCAGAUCUCCGGUGACGGUCCCUGGCGCUGACGCGGACGCUCGCACUGAAUCCCGUGGACCUGCCUCGGGAACGCACAGUCGAGCCACAGGAUGCGCACCGGGCGCUACAGCUUGGGAGGAGCUUCGGGAUUUUCCCCCCUUUCACGCCACUGUCGGGUGAAGACUCGCUCGCAAAAGGAGAUAUAAGGGGAAAAGGUGUUGUUACAGACCAGAUCUAACAACUUAUGCCAAAAUGAGCCCGCCAGAUACAUCCAACAGCACUGGCGAAGGGGAGGGUGGUGAAACCAACCCCUGGAUCCUGUAUAAUGAAAGCAUGGGUGUAUACCCGCCUGGUUUCCACACCGACAUCACCAAGCACCUCGGAGUCCAGAUCACCCUGAUCACAGCGUACUCUCUCAUCAUUCUGCUGGGGCUGCUGGGGAACUCUCUUGUCAUCUACAUGAUUGUUCGCUACAGAAACAUGCGGACAGUGACCAACUUCUUCAUAGCUAACCUGGCCCUGGCAGACCUGCUGGUGGACACUCUCUGCCUGCCCUUCACUCUGGUUUACACUCUGCUAGAUGAGUGGAAGUUUGGGGCUGUGCUGUGCCACAUGGUGCCCUUUGCUCAGGCCCUGAGUGUGCACGUGUCCAUCCUGACCCUGACGGUCAUUGCUCUGGAGCGCUACCGCUGCAUCGUCUUCCACCUCGGCCGGCGCCUCACGUGGCACUCCAGCUUCCUCAUCAUGGCCGCCACCUGGGCCAUGUCUGCCGUCCUGGCGGCCCCCCUGGCCAUCUUCAGGGAGUACCGCCACGAGGAGAUCCCCUCCAUCAACCUGCGCAUCGCCGUCUGCUCUGAGAGGUGGCCCCACGGGACGAGCUGGGAUGGAGUCAUCUACAGCCUGUCAAUGCUGCUCCUACAGUACAUCAUCCCUUUAGCCAUCAUCAGUUACGCUUACAUCUGCAUCUGGGUCAAACUGAAGAAUCACAUCAGCCCGUCAAGCCGGAACGACAGCAUCAACCGCCGCAAAAAGACCACCAAGAUGUUGGCGCUGGUGGUGGUGGUGUUUGCCAUCUGCUGGCUGCCGUUCCACGUGAUCCAGCUGGCGAGCGAUCUGGACCUGGCGCUCAGGCUGAAGGAGUACAAACUGAUAUACACAGUGUUCCACAUCGUGGCCAUGUGCUCGACUUUCACCAACCCUCUCUUGUACGGGUGGAUGAAUAAAAACUACAGGAACGGCUUCCUCAUGGUGUUCCGUUGCGAGGAUAAGCCAGAUUCUUUCCACGCUGAGGGCUCGUUCAGGACACGCUCCACCAGAGGACUGACUCUGAAUGGCCGCAAUGGGGGGCACCCUCCGACUGCUGUAUGAGAUGAACGGCAUUUUUUGAAAAAGGCUGUAGAAUAUGACUGAACACAAGGACACACUCCUGGUUUGCGGUGCUUGUGGUUCAAUAGUAGCCUUGUGACUUGAAUGGUAUGAGUAUCUAUGUCACUGGAGAGGGCUCAAAGCCUUGCAUGCAAAUCGCUUUACGUAAGGCUGUUCUUUCCUUUGUGAGCGGUACUAGUGAAUAUACAUUUGUCCGACCUGUUCAAAUAUGUGUUAAUGAUGUUUACUGAGGUGUUAAUUAACUCUGUGCUAUGUAUAAUGUGUUUCAUGUGAAUGCAGAACCCUUGUCGGUAAGUUAUGUCCAAAUUAAUUGUGCACUCCAUUUGCAUUCAUCUGAGGCUGUUAAUGUGUUCAUACGCACCCAAGGGAGGAUUACUGUGACCGUGAGAACAAGUUUAAUUUGUUGCUCUUGUUUUUCUAUUUGUUGGCUGUUUAAAAGCGCUUGGAGUAUUCUCGCCCGAUAACAUUCGAUCCUUCAUCCGAGGAAAUCCAGAGGGAGGCCAUCGCCGAUUUUCCGUACAACCAAGAAGUUAAUUGUGUUCACCUGGCAACCAGUCGGUCCGGAUUAGAUGGACCAGCGGGCCUCUGUGUCUAAUGGAACUGGAUUGGAAACCACUGAACUGUGUGAAGAGAGAGCAACAAGUUUUUGAUGUCUUCUUUACAGAAUGUGUGCAGCUGCGUUGAAGAUAUGUUAAAAAAAAGGGGGGGGGGGGAUUUGGACAAAGGCGAAACAUGUAAUUCUUCGCUGAGCUGCUAAAGUGUCCUUUGUUUGAGGAACAUUAAUCAACCACAGGCCCUCAAGGGGACAUGUAUUGAGCCCCCAGUUGAUGCAACCAUCAGGAGACGUUAUGUUUGGUGCCUCUGUGUCAAACAAACUGACCCUUGGCUUGGAUAAAGCUCAGUUAAGUGCGCUGAAGUGAGGCAGGACGAAGCAAACAUAUAUCCGACCCUGCCUGUGUGAAAAACUGAAAAAAAUAUGGCAUGUUACAAAAUAUAUUCAGCGCUGACACUGUAUGUAGACUACUCAAAACCUCUGGGAGUAGCAGUCCAUACCUCGGUGCAUGUAUCCUCCGUAUGCAUAAUGCAGGAAAAGAUGAACUUUGACACCCAGAACCUGACAGCUGGAAAAUCAAUCUAUAGACGGGGGAGAUGGUCGACAUAAAGGGAAACAAAAGCAAUGCAUUUAUUUGUUUGUAUAAAACCGAGGUUAAUCAAAGUCCUACACUUAGGCUUUCAGACAAUAAAAAAAAAGAAAAAGCAAAACCUGUGGGUCCAAAUACCUUCCAAUAAAGCAUUUAAU